CUUGUUUUUCAGUCCAGCUGCCAGCACUGUAUGCAAGUGUUGGAAAACGAUAAAACCAGUUUUGAAACCAAAACAAUGAGCGGCUCCAAUUUGUUUCCUAUAAAUCUGAAUAAUCUAACGGAUAAAGAGAGGCACAACUAUAUUCUAAAUAACUACGUGCUCAAUCGUCCGGGGGAGGCGGAAUCCCGACGGCAUAAGCGGGACAUUGAUGUGAUACGCGAGAACCACCAAUUCCUGUGGGACGAGGAGGAGGCGGACAGUGAUUCCCUAACCUGGGAGCAGCGACUAUCCCUUCGCUACUACAAGAAGCUGUUUAAAGAAUACUGCAUUGCUGACUUGUCUCGAUACAAGGAGAAUAAAAUAGCCUUACGUUGGCGGACGGAACAGGAGGUUGUCACGGGAAUAGGACAGUUCCAAUGCGGUAGUCGCCGCUGCGAGGAACGAUCUGAUUUGCGUAGCUGGGAGGUGAACUUUAAGUAUAUUGAAAAAAGUGUGCCUUUAAAUGCACUGGUUAAGGUGCGCCUUUGUCCGACUCACACGGAGCAAUUAAACUACCGCACCAAGAAAAGAGAGAUCCGGAAGCAGCGGCGCCGGGCGAAGGAGGAACGUCGGGCUGAACGAAAACGAAAGCGGCGGAAGCAUGACGCCGAGGACAAAUCGGACUCUGAAGCAGACGAAGAAGAGCCAGAGGAGGAAGAAUUGGUAGCUCCUGUGGAGUUGGUAUCUGAAAAGGAAACGGCCCCGGCAACGGAUGACCCUUCAUCGGAUGAGCAGAUCUGGCGCAAACAACCCGACCUAAGCAAGGAUCAACCCUCUAGGGAACAGGAGUUCGAGCGCUAUUUAGAAGAUUUGCUUUUUUAAAAUACAUAGCACAUUUAUUUGGAUUCAACGUA